AUGGCAUAUCUUAUGUUCAAUAAUGUAGUUGUGUUAACAGUCAAUCAAAGAGUAAGUGGCAUACAUUCUGAACAAACAUCCUUUCGAAAUCUUCUGGCCAGGUUGCAAAAUGGUCAGUCAAAUGUUUCUGAUUGGAAAGCGUUACUUGAUAGACAGCCAGCAUCAGUCGAAUUCAACACUGCUACAAAGCUUUUUUACAGCAAUAAACAAGUUGCAAAACACAAUUAUGAGCAGCUAACUCCAUUGAAUCAGCCUAUAGCUGUAAUAAAUGCGAGACAUUCAAGUAACAAGGUAAAGCAUGUAAGUCCUCAACAAAUGUUUGGGCUUCAACCAUGUCUUUUCAUUUGCAAAGGAGCUAAAGUCAUGUUGACAGUGAAUCUCUGGCCUUCUGUUGGUUUAUGCAAUGGCUCGACUGGUAAGGUAGUUGAUAUCAUAUAUGCGCUAAACUACCUGACUUGCCAGUUGCUGUUAUUGUAAAAUUUGAUGACUAUGUUGGACCAUCCAUUGCAAAUAUGAAGUCUUGCGUUCCUAUCAGUCCAGUUACUGUCGCUGCAGAAAACUUGUUCGAUGAAAGACAACAAUUACCAUUAACUCUUGCAUGGGCAUUAACCAUACACAAAAGCCAGGGAAUGACUUUAGGAAAAGCAUGGAUUGAUAUUGGCCAGAAAGAGUCUACAUUAGGAAUGUCAUGUGGCUAUAAGUCGUGUCCGGAGUCUCUCUUCAUUAAUUAUUGAACCAAUAAGUUUUGAGAGACUAAGUAGAAUAAAAGAAUCAGAAACACUUAAAUAUAGGAUAAAGGAACAAAAACGACUUGAUGAAAUUGCUGGAAAAACUAGUGGUACUAUAUUUUGAAACCUUUUCAUAUGCUGUUUACCAAGUUGUAGAAAGUGUUGUGUCUUAAUUAAUUUAAUUAUAGUAUAAAGUUAAUUUUCUAUCAAAAUGCUAAACUUAUCUUUCUUGAUCUCUUAAAACGUUGUGUUAACUUUAAUUUCUAACUUUGUAUAUAGGAAAUUGAAAUGGACAGUUGCAUCAUAGGUGAGCACUAACGUUUUCCUAACAUGCAUGUUAUUUUUGCACAUCUACAUGAAUCUGUAAGAUUCACCAAAUACUACACCAUUCUGUAUUAGUAAGCAAAAUAUAUUUAAAUAUUGUUUAGGCUGUAGGAGCUAAGCUUACAAGAUCAAAAAACUAUAUUUAGCUAGUACUGUUCACAAUACAAUAAAGAACGAAAACCACUAUUAUGUUAUAGAUAUGCCAGCUAGAGAGUCAGAUGAUGACGCUGUCCUUUCAGUAGUCGAAGAAGCUGAAGGUAAUAUGUAAUUUUUUUUUAAAUUAACUGUCUAUUUAUUUAUUUUUACCUCUUGGCCAGAAAGACCAAGAAAACCCAAAUCUGUACUUUUUUAUUCUUAGGUCUUGACCAGAAAAGUAGAGGUUCAAAAGAAAAGCUAGGUAAAGGUGAGUAACCAAACCUAACUAAUAAGGCACUAAGAGUCUAAAAGACACUAUAAUCGGUAUAUUUUUAUUAUUGACUAUUUAGAUAUUAAACUGGAUGAUUAUUUAAAUCUGUACAUUCUUAUUCUUUAUUUGUUAGGUCUUGACCAGCAAACAGAACACACAAAAAAAAGCAACUGAAAAGCUGAGUGAAGGUAAUAUUUGAAUCACCAAACAUAUAAAGUAAUGCAAAAAGCAGUUUAGUGCACAAGGCUCUAGCUAGCGGAGCAAGCUCUUUAAUAAUGAAGAGCCAGCCCGAGAGUCCGGGUAAUUUUGAUCAGUCUCGGUUGUCAGCCUGAGAAUUUUGAUUUGCUGAAUUUAGUUUGAAUGGUAUGUGAUUGGCUUGAUUUAACUUAAAUGGCAUACAAGCGAAUUUAAUAUUCAGGGUUUAAAAAUAACGACAAUACAACAACGAUAUUUACAGUCAUUUUCAACUAACUUUACACCGAACGUUUCGCAAGUUCCGUUCUGUGCUUCAUAUAUACAUUUCACAUUUGGAAUAUAGGUUGGUUAAUUCGUAACAAACUUCCUAAAGUGUGAACUUGGCGAAUUCGAUGAAUGUCAAUGUUGGAAUGUCAAGAAAAUUGUAAAACUCGCAAAACAAAUUGUGAAACAAAUUAAACCGUCUGAAAGACUAAAACUCUAAAAUUUUGAAAAACUCGAUAAUUUUAUGUGCAAAUCUCGAUAAUUCGAACAUUGACAUUCAGGGAAUUCACCAAACGGUAACGUUCAACUGCAACCUCGACGUAAAUCCAUUUGCCUUCAACAUUUCGAAGACUUUUGUCAGCCGCGCUGGCUAACAAGGCUCUGUUGUUAAUAUACAUUUUUAUUUGUUCUAGAUCAACCUGCAAUAGCAUAUUUACACAACCUUUCUCCUAUCAAACAAAGUCAGAGAAAAAAUUUGUAUUUUGAUAUGCAAUUACAAACAAAGAACAAGAAUUACAGAACGGUGUGUUUUUCACCUGAAAAACACAUGCUUUGUAAGGCUAAGUUUGAAUCGUCAUCUCCAGUUAAACUAACUAAAUUUGAACUGAAAAGAAAUACCAACAACAAUGAAGAUGAAAUCUUCAUUAACAAAAGAUCGAAGCUAGAAGACCCAUCAGACCCAGAAAUUGACUUCGAUUUUAAAGUCACAACAAAAGCAACUGAAAGUCAAAUUGCUCCUGGUAUCCAGAUGUAGUAUCACUAUCUGAUGGAAGCUCCACUUCAUUGGUAAAUGUGAGUGGCAGAAUUUCUUUUCACGGAUUUCAGGAAACAAUCCAAAAGAACGGGAAGACCCUUCGGAAGCAAGAAGCUGUUUUGACCGACAAUACCGCGUCUAUCCGCAUGGUCCUAUGGGAAAGUGAUAUAGCAAAGGUCACUUCCGGAUCCCACUACACUCUGUCGAGGGCCGUUGUCAGGGAAUAUGACGGAGACAAGUAUGUAACUCUGAACAGAAGAUCUAUAAUUAAAGAGGCAGCUUCCACAGUAGAUGGAGAAGACCAGGUCAAUCAUCAAAGAAAUUUGAAAUCUGUAGAAUGCCUAGCAGAGGGUGUGGACUCUAUCAAGAGGUUUCUGUCAUGUAACAGGUGUCAAGUGAAGUUGGCGCCGAUAGCCGGAAAAAAUAUAGUAAAAUGUAGCGAGUGUGGGUUAGCACAGAUGAAGAACAAAUGUAAACAAAGGUUCCUUGCAAGUGUGCUGUUCAAGGACAAAGAUGAAAAGUCGAGCACAACCCUUUUAUUGUUCGAUGACAAGUUACAACAACUUUUUGAGAUAUUUAAGGAAGACAGUUCCACCCCAGAUUUAGAUUUCAACUCCAUUGACGAUGAUAUGUUAAUCGAGGUUUUGCUAACAGUUGAUGCAAACGUUUUUUAA